AUGUCGGAGACCAGACCACGUCCAUCCAAGCGACAUACACCAUCGACUCACACAAGACCAUCCAUACGACUGCUUUUCAGCUUCCUCACAUCCCGCGAUGCAGUCCUCCUCCUCCUCCCCGCCAUCCUCUGCUCGACGGUCGUCGGCAUGGUACCCACCAUCGUGUCCAAAGUCGUAGGCAAAGCAUUCGACGACUUCGCAAGCUACAACCCCGACUCCCAACCACCCUCUACCAUCACUGCCACCGUCGACCACCACUUCCUCGACAAAGUCCUGUCUACCGUGUACAUCCUCCUCGCGCUUUCCGCAGCCACGUUCUGCAUCAGCACCGUCUCCGUUUCAGCUUGGAUUUGUCUGGCAGAGCGGACAGCAGCCCGCGUGAGGAGUGCCGUCUUCGCCAGCGUGUUGGCCAAGAAGAUGGGCUGGUUCGACACGGGCAUGGGGCUCACUUCCUCAGACGACGCCGACGAGGUCGAGACCUCGCCCGCGGGGCUCAUGACAAAGGUCGCUCGCGAGUGCGAUGAUAUCCGCGUCGCUGUAUCGAGAGAGAUCGGCAACGUGAUCCAGAACACCACGACAGCCAUCGCCAGCCUCGUACUCGCACUCUACACGAGCUGGAGCCUGACCCUCGUCAUUCUCGCCUCGAUCCCCGUCGUCCUCGCGCUAACCGUGGCGACCGAGAUCGGUGCAGCUCCGUCGCUGCAGCGCGAACGCAUGAGCACCACCCAAGCCACCUCGCUCGUCGAGCACGUAGUUGAGGCCAUCAACACCGUCAAGGCGUUCAACGCGCAGAACAGGGAGGAGCAGCGGUUCGAGGUGGAGCUCAAGCAAGGUUGCAAGGCGUACAGACGGACGAUGCUUUGGUGGGCGGCGCGAUUCGGGGUCACGAGCGGACUGGUACUCGCAACGUUUGUGCAAGGAUUCUGGUUCGGCAGCCAUCUGGUCGACAAGGGAAAGAUCACGCCCGGUCAGGUCAUGACGGUGUUCAUGUCGAGCCUGCUUGUGUCGUCGACGCUGAACGAGAUAGUUAUGGCCCUGUCGUACAUUGAUAAGGGCAAGAUGGGCGCUGCGAAUCUGAUCAACCUGAUCAACAGCUCGGAUGCCACUCUCACCGGCGGCAAGGCACGUUCAGAUCAGUCCUCUCCCAUUUCCACCGCCUCCGCACGAUCUUCAGAACACACUGAAGACAGAACGACGCUCACCCCGACUCCACCCACAAGCAUCGCCGCUGCGACAUCACUCCUUGACGUGCUCGAGUACGACCCACGUCGAGCCAGAGCCGUGCCCAUGCCUAUCGAUGCCAUCCCCUCCACGCCCUCUCCCGGCCUCUUGAGCCCGGAUAAAUUCGCCCAGCACCGCCCUUACACGGCUGCGCCUCCCUUUUCCUCCCGCUUCUCCGCCAGACGCACUGUCCAAAGCUUGCGCCGCAUCACCCCCACCCGCUGCCAGGGCGAGAUCCACCUGCGCUCCGUCAGCUUCGCCUACCCCUCGCGCGCCUCCACCACCGUCCUGGACCGCGUCGACCUCUACUUCGCCCCCGGAGAACUCACGUACGUCGUUGGUGGCAGCGGCAGUGGCAAGAGUACCAUCGCGCACCUCCUGCUGCGGCUGUACGAGCCUACGGCAGGCACGAUCCAGAUCGACGACCAGACCAUCGAGUAUCUCGACCGCGACUGGUGUCGCCAGCACGUCGGCGCGGUGAACCAGGACCCGGUCAUCUUUGAUAUGAGUGUGCACGACAAUGUUGCGCUCGGACUUGCAGGCAAGCAGGAUCCGGAUGUGCGGGUGGAUGCGGAGACGCGCGUACCGCAGGUGGAGAGGGAGGCUGUGGAGGCUGCGUGCAGGCUGGCGCUGUUGCAUGAGUUUGUGCGGGAUUUGCCGGAAGGGUACCAGACGAUGUUGGGUGGCAAGGGGACUGCGUUAUCAGGCGGGCAGAGGCAGAGACUUUCGGUUGCAAGGGCGAGGUUGAGGGACCCGACGAUCCUGAUCCUGGACGAGGCGACGUCAGCGCUCGAUCCAACAACACGACACUUGGUGCACGAGGCAAUCAAGACCUGGCGACGCGGGAAGACUACCAUCAUUAUCACCCACGACCUGUCCCAUAUCGAUCGCGACGAUUUCCUUUACCUCCUCGACAGCGGCCGCGUGGUGCAACAGGGGUAUCGCUCGGAUCUCGAGUCCAAAGACGGCCCGUUCCAGACGUGGCACUUGCAGCAAAGUCAGACAAGGGACGAUGGAGACGGGGUCCAGAACUCGAGCCGCGCAGUGGAGCAUAAGGGAAGCAGCAAGACCGCCGAGCCGACUUACGACGAGCCGUACAGCCGCAGGAACAGGAGGGAUAGGCGGAUCAAGUACAGAUCAAUGCUCGGAUGGGAACGCGAAGGCGGGCUUCUCUCGGAAAACUUAUCGUUGAUCAUUUCGCAGAAGAUCGACGCUGCUCCUUCGCACCUCAGACCUUUAAGGCUGGUUGAGCGGCAGGCGUUGAAUAGCUAUUGGGAAGAUGCGGAGACGCUCAACGUUACCGGUUCGACGGCGAGCGAUCGACGCGCACGCAACGGCGCGUUGGAGAGGAAGAGGUGGGAUGCACAGCCGCCGACGUAUCUUGGAGAUACGCCCGGCUGCGAUACGGUCAGCAUUGACAAUCUCAACGAAGGAAACGUGCCAAGGGCUCCCGCUAUCCGCGAAGUGUUUCGAAUCCUCUGGCGGACCAUCCCGAGCCGAACUAUGCUUCUGGUCGGCAUCCUCCUCUGCGUGCUCUCUGGCACCCUCACGCCUGUUUUUAGCUACAUCCUCGCCCAGCUCCUUGCCAACAUGGGUCGGUCGGAUCAGGCCAGCGCCGUGCUCAAAUGGAGCCUUCUCAUACUUCUCGUCGCCUUCCUCGAAGGCAUCUUCUCUUUCAGCCGGUACUUCUUCAUGGAGGUGCUGGCCGACAAAUGGCUCUAUCGCCUCCGUUCCUCUUCGUACCGCAAUGUGCUCUUGCAAGACCGAACCUUCUUCGACCAACCGCAGAAUUCGCCGCCGCGCAUCUGCCAGAGUAUCGUCAAGGAUGGCGAGGACGCGCGCAAUCUUCUUGGGCAAAUUACUGGCCAGCUGGCGCUCAUCGCGACCAUGAUCAGCCUCGGCAUCGGAUGGGCGCUCGUCGUCGGCAGGAAACUCACCCUUGCCGGCGUCGCUUUCGGUCCAGUGUUCUUGGUAGCGAUCACUGCCCAGUCUCGCGUGAUCAGCUUCUACGAGGUGCGCAACAAGCACAAGCGCGAACAUGUAUCUGAGAGUUUCCACUCGAUGGUCUCGCACAUCCGCAGCAUCCGGUCGAUGGGGCUGGAGAGCAUGUUCGAUGGCAACCACCAGCGCGCGGUGGACGAGGCGCAGCGCUGCGGGAUGCGCGCAUCGGUAUUUGCCGGCUUCGGACACGGCAUGAGCGAUGCGCUGACAUACAUUGCCGAGGCGCUCAUCUUCUACGUCGGUGCGCGCCUAAUGAUCAACGGCGAGUACGACUUCAGGCGAAUGAUGCAGGUGUUCAACCUGAUUAUCUUUACUGUGACGUUUGCGGCGCAGAUGCUCACCUUCCUGCCAGGCUUUUCGAAAAGCAUCAAGGCACUUGCGGAUCUGGAUCGGCUCGUGCAGUUGUCAGACGCAAGCGUGACCCGGACAGAAGCGCAGGGGGAGAUGGAGAGCGAGAUUCGGGGCGCCAUCGAGUUUCGCGAUGUGACGUUCGCCUAUGACGGCCUGGCGCGCGCCCGGGUGCUGGACGAAGUGAGCUUUGUCGUUGCGCGUGGGGAAUGCGUUGCAAUUGUCGGUGCGUCUGGUUGUGGAAAGAGCACCAUCGCCGCCCUCCUGCAACGGCUGUACGAACCCUCAACCGGUACAGUCCUCGUCGACGGAACCCCAAUUUGCCACCUCUCCACCACAUGGCUCCGCGAACAUAUCAGCAUCGUCUCGCAAAUCCCGGCGCUGUUCGACCUUAGCAUCGCCGACAACAUCGCUUACGGCGCAAACGACUGCAAUCCUCCCGAACAAUCCCUCGUCCACGCAUCUGCGCGUGCCGCCAACGCGGACUCAUUCAUCUCCACCCUUCCGCUCGGCUACGAUACCACAGUGGGCGCGGGAGCGGCGUGCAAGCUCUCCGGCGGCCAGGCACAGCGUCUCGCCAUCGCGCGCGCAUUGAUGCGCACCAAAGCGCCCAUCUUGGUGCUCGACGAAUGCACGUCCGCUCUGGACGUGACAAACCAACAGGCGAUCGUAGAGACGCUGCUGUCGCGCGAGGCCGAGGUGAGGAGGAGACGCAUGACGACGCUCGUCAUCACGCAUAAUGUCGACAUGAUGCGGAGGUGUGAUCGGAUCUUGGUGAUGAAAGAGGGGAAGGUGGUGGAGCAGGGGAGAUAUGAUGUGCUGGUCGAAAGGGUGAGGGGUUACUUCGCUUCGUUGAGUAGGGGCGGUGAGUGGACUGGUUGA